GGCACAGAGAGCCAGAGCAAAGAUGAUCAGGUCUUGUUUCGCAGCCCGGCCCUGCAAACUAAAGUCUAAAAUCUCGGACACGACCUCUCGACUUCGACCACUGCCGAUGAGCCUCGAGAUACACUGGGCGUUCUCCUUGCCCAGUUUCUUCUCGCCGAUGUAGUAGGUGCCUCCCUCUGAGCCCAGGCAGAGGAACCGGCGGAGUCGUCUCAUGUCGUCCACGGCCCACGUGAACCCCCCAGCGCUGUUAGGGACCAUCCCGGGCAGCGGCUUGGACUGCGGAACCUCCAUCUUCUCCAUCUUCUCCGCAGUCUUUCUUGCCUCCAGCGGAGUGUGUGUUUGUUUACACCUGCCUCGUGUUUGUUUUUUUAAGGCCGAGCUCCCGUUGUCCUUGCUGAGCCUUUCUCGCCUCUGCGCUCCGCCGUGGUUUCCCUAGUAGCAGCCUGCGGACGGACCUCGAUCUCUUCGGAGAAGAGUCGAAGUCAAAAAAGGGGCAGGUCUCCUCUGGUGAACUCGCCGAGACGGCCGGGAGGCGGGGCAGAGUCGAAGAAACGUCGACGCAGCGUUUGACAGACUUGCUCAACUGGCUCCUUUUUGUGCUGAGUCGUGCUGGGUGAUGACACAGCGGAAAUUCUGCCAGCUCGACAAGUGCAUCUUUCUGCAAGUGGUGCAACCGCUGACUGCCCCGCCCACACGUUGCACGCUCACACACCCAGACGUGCAAUUCCAAAUAGUGCGCAGCGUCGUUCUCUGAAGCAACUGACAGAUACAAAAUCCAGGGGUGAAGAUCCCAGCUGUGAUCUCGUGUAGGAAGAAAUUCUCUGACUAGGAGAUGAUGGAGGGGCUACUGGAGCAGGAAUGCACAACGGAGAGGCGGCUAGAAACGUACAAAACCCAGCUAUCGCUGGUGGAGACGCAGCUGAAGGCUGGGAGCAGUGGACCAGAUACUGCUGACUUGGAACAGCUCAAAGACAACCUCUCAGAGCUCAUAUCACUCACUGAAGAUGCUCUACUGGAGGUCAAGAAGCAGAGGUUGUUGUUCAGUCUAGAGACGGUGGAGACGGAGGCCAGCCGCAAGACUGAGUCACCCCGUAGUGGCGGUGGAGGAGAGGGGGAGGGGAAGGAGUGUGGAGAGAGCAGUGAAGACAGCGAUGACUUGCAGGGAAUAAAGUGCCAGGCUCCAGUUGAAGAGGCGUGGGGUGCGGUCAACUACCACAAUGCAGUCGUUCUCUGCAGAGAAAAUAGUGACUCAGAGGAGCCGGAAAAAGUGAUGGUCCGUGUUCUCUUCACUCACCCAACCUACAAUGCCAUGAAGCCGUGCCCGUUCUUCCUCGACGGCAAGUGUAGGUUCGAGAGCUCCGUCUGCAAGUUUUCCCACGGGACUGUGGUGCCUUUCUCACAACUUCUUGCCUACCAGGACCCUGACUAUAGCUUAAUCUCUACUGGAGGGAAGUGUCUUGCUAAGUACUCGGACGGUCUGUGGUAUCAAGCUAUAAUCAGUUCCUUUGAUGAGGAAUUUACAGUACAUAUUCCGUCACUCAACAAAACUGUCCAGACUCCUAUUGAAAAUGUAUUUCCAUUGGAGGGUUCAGAGUCGGGCAGUUCUAGUGAUGAUGAGGAUUUGGAUGAGGAAGGAGAGGGAGAGGAGGGAGCGGUGGUGGAGUGGAUUCCCAGUGGGCCUCACAGAGCUCUCGGAGACUGGGAGAAGUACACCACUGGUAUUGGCUCUAAGCUGAUGGCCAAGAUGGGAUAUGUUGUUGGGAAAGGUCUUGGAAAGAGUGGUGAGGGGAGAGUCGAACCAGUGGAGAUCAAGAUUCUGCCACCGGGGAAGAGCCUGGACAUGUGUGCAGAGAUGAGGGAGGAGGGGAAGCUGAGGAAGGCUCCAGGGCAGGAGAAAGAGGGAAGGAGGAGGAGGAGGAGAAAGAGGAGACUCGUAGAAACUUCUAGAAUCGAAGAGGAAAAGAGAGUUAAUGUCUUUGAUUUCCUGAAUGCUAAGCUGCAGAAGAAAGACUCACAGGCCAAGAGUCAGUCUGUGUCAAAGCCCAAGUCAGGAAACCUGAAUGUACAGGUACAGCAAACCGUUCUCCCAUGGCGCGUAAUGUGACACAGAGGGAA